CUCAGCCUGAGAAGUGGUUUGUCAGUAAACACACCCAGGCACUCCCAACUGAUGCCUAUGGAAAUCUUGAGUUCCAAGGUGGAGGCCACACCAACAAGUCCAUGUACAUCCGAGUGUCAUAUGACACAAAGCCAGACUCGCUGCUCCACCUGAUGGUGAAAGACUGGCAGCUGGAACUCCCCAAGCUCCUAAUAUCCAUCCACGGGGGACUGCAGAACUUUGAGCUGCAACCCAAGCUGAAGCAAGUGUUUGGGAAGGGCCUCAUCAAGGCCGCCAUGACCACAGGGGCUUGGAUCUUCACCGGGGGAGUCAGUACAGGUGUCAUUCGCCACGUUGGAGAUGCCUUGAAAGAUCAUUCUUCCAAGUCCAGAGGACGCAUCUGUGCCAUAGGAAUUGCUCCGUGGGGCAUUGUGGAAAACAAGGAGGAUCUGAUUGGGAAAGAUGUGACAAGAGUUUACCAAACCAUGUCAAACCCACUAAGCAAACUCUCUGUGCUCAACAGUUCCCAUACGCACUUCAUCCUGGCCGACAAUGGCACCUUUGGCAAAUACGGGGCAGAAGUGAAACUGAGGCGCCAGCUGGAGAAGCACAUCUCACUCCAAAAAAUCAACACACGGCUGGGGCAGGGGGUCCCUGUGGUUGGACUGAUAGUCGAAGGUGGUCCCAAUGUGAUAUCCAUCGUCUUGGAAUGCCUGCGUGAAGAGCCGCCACUUCCUGUUGUGAUCUGUGAUGGCAGCGGGCGAGCGUCAGACAUCUUAUCAUUUGCACACAAGUACUCAGAAGAAGGAGGCAUCAUAAGUGAGUCUCUGAGGGACCAGCUGCUUGUCACCAUUCAGAAAACCUUUAACUACAGCAGGAACCAAGCUCACCAGCUGUUUGUUAUUCUCAUGGAGUGCAUGAAAAAGAAAGAACUUAUCACUGUGUUCCGCAUGGGCUCUGAGGGGCAGCAGGAUAUUGAGAUGUCCAUCUUAACAGCUCUACUUAAAGGUACUAAUGCAUCUGCACCAGAUCAGCUGAGCUUAGCACUGGCCUGGAACCGUGUGGAUAUUGCACGCAGUCAAAUCUUCGUCUUUGGGCAUCAUUGGCCGCCAUUGGGAAGCCUUGCAGUUACGGAUGGGACAGCCCCAGAAAAGGAGAAGAAAUCUCCGGCACCUCAAGCAAAAGCAGCAAGAGGGAAAGGAAAAGGCAAAAAGAAAGGUGGGAAACAGAAAGAAGAACCGGAGGAAGAAACAGAUCCAAGGAAACUUGAGCUACUGAACUGGGUAAAUUCCCUAGAGCAAGCGAUGCUCGAUGCUCUUGUGCUGGAUCGGGUGGACUUUGUGAAGCUACUGAUUGAGAACGGCGUCAGCAUGCAGCGCUUCCUCACCAUCCCACGACUGGAAGAGCUUUACAACACUAGACUGGGUCCACCAAAUACCCUUCAUCUGCUUGUCAGAGAUGUAAAAAAGGAUGAUGAACCUCCAACCAAAGGGAAAAAGAAGAAGAAGAAGAAGAAGGAAGAGGAGAUAGACAUUGAUGUGGAUGACCCAGAAGUCAGCCGCUUCCAGUACCCCUUCCAUGAGCUCAUGGUCUGGGCAGUGCUGAUGAAGCGGCAGAAGAUGGCUCUCUUCCUUUGGCAACGUGGAGAGGAGACCAUGGCCAAGGCACUGGUGGCCUGCAAACUCUACAAAGCCAUGGCCCACGAGUCUUCAGAGAGUGAGCUGGUGGAUGACAUCUCUCAAGACCUGGACAACAACUCAAAAGAUUUUGGACAGCUUGCUGUUGAGCUGCUGGAUCAAUCAUAUAAGCAUGAUGAGCAAGUAGCCAUGAAACUUUUGACAUAUGAGCUGAAAAACUGGAGCAACUCUACUUGCCUGAAACUUGCAGUGGCAGCAAAGCACAGGGACUUCAUCGCGCACACCUGCAGCCAGAUGUUACUGACAGACAUGUGGAUGGGGAGGUUGCGCAUGAGGAAAAAUCCGGGCCUUAAGGUUAUCAUGGGGAUCCUCAUACCUCCUACCAUCCUGUUCCUGGAGUUCCGUACCUCUGAUGACUAUUCCUACCAAACGUCAAAGGAAAAUGAAGUCGGGAAAGAAAAAGAAGAAGAAAAUGUGGAUGCAAAUGCUGAUACUGGUUCCCGAAAGGGUGAUGAAGAAGAUGGGAACAAAAAGCAAAGGAGCCUUCCCAUUGGAACAAAGAUCUACGAAUUCUAUAAUGCACCAAUUGUGAAGUUCUGGUUUUACACAAUAUCCUACCUAGGGUACUUAAUGCUGUUCAACUAUAUAAUCUUGGUACCGAUGGAUCGUUGGCCCUCACUCCAGGAAUGGGUUGUCAUUUCAUACAUUGUGACUCUGGCAUUGGAGAAAGUAAGAGAGAUUUUGAUGUCAGAACCAGGUAAAUUGAGUCAGAAAAUAAAAGUGUGGCUACAAGAAUAUUGGAACAUCACUGAUUUGGUUGCUAUUUCUGUGUUCUUGGUUGGGGCCAUUCUCCGUUUGCAAAACCAGCCUUAUAUGAGUUAUGGAAGAGUUAUCUACUGUGUGGAUAUCAUUUUCUGGUACAUCCGAGUACUGGACAUCUUUGGUGUGAAUAAGUACCUGGGGCCUUAUGUCAUGAUGAUUGGAAAAAUGAUGAUUGACAUGCUGUACUUUGUGGUGAUUAUGCUGGUGGUCCUGAUGAGCUUUGGAGUUGCCCGUCAAGCCAUCCUGCAUCCCGAUGAGCAGCCGUCUUGGAGACUGGUCCGCAACAUCUUUUACAUGCCCUACUGGAUGAUCUAUGGAGAGGUGUUUGCUGACCAGAUAGACCGUAAGAACAGAAUUCAUACUCCGUGUGGGGAAAACCUUUAUGAUGAGGAUGGCAAGCGUUUCCCCCAGUGCAUCCCUGGCGCAUGGCUGACUCCCGCAAUCAUGGCCUGCUACCUCUUGGUAGCCAACAUUCUCCUGGUCAACUUGCUGAUUGCUGUUUUCAACAACACCUUCUUUGAAGUGAAGUCCAUCUCCAACCAAGUUUGGAAGUUCCAGCGGUAUCAGCUGAUCAUGACCUUCCAUGACCGGCCAGUGCUUCCUCCACCCAUGAUCAUCUUUAGCCACCUUUACAUCAUUAUAGUUCGUCUCUGCUGCCGCUGCAAGAAACGAAGAGAAGGGGACCAAGAUGAACGCGACCGAGGACUGAAGCUAUUUCUAAAUGAUGAAGAGUUGAAAAAACUGUAUGAAUUUGAGGAGCAAUGUGUUGAGGAAUAUUUCCGACAAAAAGAAGAUGAAGAACAGUCAUCAAAUGAUGAACGUAUUAGAGUUACUUCAGAAAGAGUUGAAAACAUGUCUAUGAGAUUAGAAGAAGUGAAUGAAAGAGAGCAUUUCAUGAAAGCCUCUCUGCAGACGGUUGACCUUCGACUUUCUCAGCUGGAAGAACUCUCUGGCCGGAUGGCGAAUGCUCUGGAGAAACUGGCAGGCAUCGACAAGGCUGAGCUGACUCACACACGUUCCCGGGCAUCCUCGGAAUGCGAUGCUGCUUACCUCCUCCGGCAAAGCAGCGUAAACAGUUCUGAUGGCUACAUGUACAGGUACCACGGUGAUGAUCUUGCCUAUGAUGACCUGCCUACCCCAAUGUCUCCAGCCUUGGCAUUGCGUAAAGCAGAUUCAAAGCUACAGCUGGCUCCAGAACGCCAAGGAAGUAUCCACUCUGCCACAAGCGCCUCUACAGAUCACAGCAAAAACACUUUAGAUGUUACGCAGAAUGUUUCUCUAUCCCGUUCUGGCUCAGUUGACAGGCAGGAACACUGUAAGAAUGAAGAGACAACACCCCAAACUCUCAACCAAAUGGAUAUGAUUGGGAAUGGGCAGCCUGGAACUGGACCAAAAAUUCAGAACCCUCAUUUAGCGUUAGAAAAGGCCAAAUUAGAAGCCACCAUCUCCUAUCCUUUGGACAAACCUAGGGCAAUGAGGUACUAUCCUUCUGAAACAUUCAACGCUUGUGAAGCAAGCAUGAUGAAAUCAAGGAGUUACAUAUUUGCACAAGGUGGAAAUAUGGUUGGAGGAGUUAACAACCGGACCAUUAUGGACCAAGAGUAUAGGACCAUCAUGGAUGAAGUGUGCCCUUCCACAAUUGAACAAUGGACUGCCGAGUGGAAGUAUGAGGUUCAGCAGAAACUAGCUAGUGAGCCUCCUCCUGAAUAUCCUGGCAUUGUGUCUGAAGCGGAGAUGCAAGCUGAGCGGAAACAGCUACUGACUGACACCGAAGAGGACAGUGAUGUUGGUGAAGUGGUGGGUCUCAGUGCCUCCCAUCCUUCCUCACCUGUCACCAAAAGGAUCCACACAGACAAUUUGUUGUCAGUGAAAUCUGACAGGACUUGUGGUUUUCCUUCCGUACGGUCAAAGAGUUUACACAGCCAUUCUCGAAAACCCAAGUCCAUUAAGGACAGGCUUAAUAGACCAGGACAUGCCAGCAGUGUCAGCAGCCUAGUGGUGACCUGUGGGACUGCAACGGAAGAGCAGAAAGCAAAACAAGAAAAUGCCUCCGCAGAAACUGAAUGCUAAAAUGGCCUUUUCUCAACAAGCAAUAGUUGGGAGAUGUGGUUAAGCCAGGACACCACAGGUAGAAGUGACACCCCCAAAUGCCCAUCCUUUAAAGAGCCAGUUUGCAUUUGGUAGCUCACUAUGUUCGCUUUUACAGAUGCAUUCAUGUCCAACAGUUCCUGCUUCAAAGCACUUCCUGCUUUUGUGAAGGGAAGGUGUGCUCUCCCUGAGGGUCAUAGCUCCCUCUGGAGGGCACGGCCAACAGUGUCAACAUGGAUUCUUUAAUUCAUUAUGUCAAUGAUUCUAAAACCAAUGUAGUUUAGUGAGCUGGAGGCUGGAUCCUCCUGACCCAUAAGAGCACCACUGCUUAAAACAACGGGUCUCAUUGAGCGAUUGACAGGCCAACAGCACUCUUUGUGGGCUUCAGGGCAAUGCUUCAGAAUGAAUCACCAAGAGGCCCUUUUUUAACACACAUAAAAAGUGGCACAAUCACCAGCUCUUCUUCUUGCAAAAGUGAAUGUUGUGUGUGGCAAGUGUAUAUUCCCUCAGCACCCAGUACAGGUAGUUAUCAAGGAUAUACCCACAUAUAACACUGUAUGUGAUAAUUCCUGUCUACACCCACUGCCUGCAAACUCCCUACACUGAGGAUCCUUGAGAGACAGCAGUUUCCCAUAUCUAUAGUGGCACCAAGGAAGAAAGUGGGGGCAAGAAGGAGUACCUUGUGGAAGAGGUAUGACUUUGUGAGCGGAGUCUUACUGGCACUAUUUUUACACCACUGUUGUUGUUGUUCUGGUCAGCCAGUUUGGGCUAGUGGCAAUCAGAUAAAUCUUUUUUUCAGGCACAGUUCAGCCAACUGCAGACUUAAAUAAAUGUGUUUUCAGA